GGGGGCCACGUGGCGGUGGCGCCGAUCCAGCUUCCCCAAUUCCGGGUGCCAGGGCAGGGACGCUCUUUGUUUUCCCCAAACCCGGCGGCCGCGAGGAAGCGUAUCCUUGCAGCAUCACCCAAACAGCCAGUGCGGCGGGUAUUCAUGGCGCGGCGGCGCCCACAGCCGAAAUAAAACCACGCGCGGCCCACCACCGUCCGCCGGCUUCGUGUUGUAUACUAGUACUCCUGUAGUACCAGACAUAAAUCUCCCGGAUUCCGACUCCUCUUCCCCAGCCCAUCAUAGGCCCUCGCCGUGAAUUCCAACCUGCUUCCCACUAGACCAUCCAUCCAUCCAUCCAUCUGCGCGUAGUAGUACAAGCUAGCACACCACACCACCACCACCACCACUUCCGCCGCCCCGGUUCAUGGCUUCCAUCGUUCUGCUGCUGUCGGAGCUGCUGGGCGGGGAGAGCGCGAGCGUGCUGGCGGCCGAGCGCUACAUGGGCGGCCACCGGAGCCUGGGGGAGUUCCGGCCGGCCGUCACGGAGGCGCCGGCCAGGCAUGGCCAACGGCUGGUGGACGACCAGCACGCGGCCGCCGCCGGGACAGAGCGGGCGCGGCGGAUGCCGGAGGACAAGAAGAGGAAGGAGGAGUCGUUCGAGGACCUCGCCAUGCCUAGGAUCGCAGUCGACAUCAUGUGGCCAUGAGGGAGGCUUUGAGAGCGAGUCUCAUGUAUAGUCAUGUGUGUAUGCCCAGAGCCCCAGACUUUAAUUUGGGCUCUGUAGUACUAGUAAUUGCUUAAUUGCCUAAUCGCUCAUGCUCCUCUAGUUGCUUCCGGUUCUUUCUAUUUAUUACUGCAUUUAUUACGACAUGUAAAUAUGUGUAAGGGAGGAAAAAAAAAACGGAUUGCUGAAUUGUGGCCGUCA